UCAAGUGCAUUCUGGGAAAGCUGGACCACGCCUGUCAGAAGGAGUACACGGACAAGUACAACCCGAUGAAGGCGGAGAUGCUGAGACUGAAGCAGGCACGCUGUUUGCUCUCCGACCUUCGACCGGACGGCCAGGUGCUCUUCAAGACCAUAUCGUGUGUCGGCGAAACGUUCCAAAAAGUGUCGCAGGCAUUUGCCAGCGAAACCAGAACAGCGACCGUGCCGCUGACGCCGGUCGUGGCGGACACGUGUCGCCGCGAGCCGUUCCUGUUCGACCCGGUGGUGGCCCUGCUGAAGCUGCCGCCGGCGUUCUCGGCCCAGGCCGAGCGGCUGGCCGUGCAGCAGAUGGUGCAGUGCGUGCUCAGCGAGCUGGGCGUGUUCGCCUCGUUCGCCGCGCCGCUCAGCGCUCCGGCCGUCACCAAGGUGGUGGACGGCAUGCAGGGAACCAUACUGGCCAAGAACAAGCUGAAGGAGGCGUCAGCCCGCUGCAUAAUAGCCACACCGCAGCCAAAGGACAAGGCAGAGCUGGUCGGCUACAUCAACUGCGUUCUGGAUUUCCUCGGAGACGACUGUCCCAACUACAGCAGGGACACAGAGAACGCGUCAUUCUUCGAGAUAAUACCCACGUUCCUUGGUGGUGAGUAACAAUCUAUUGACGUGCUAUUUACAAACUACUGGACAUUAGGUAUCUUGACAAAAGGCACUGCAUGAAUCAGCGAGCGCAGUGCUGCCUGUCAGAGAUAAGCAGAAGAUCAAGCAACUUUUUGAAUGGAAGUCAACCUCCUAAUUACUCUUAAUAAGUGAAAUAACGUCUUUUCUAUUCCCCAGAGCGUCCUCCAACGAAUGGCACAGGAGCUCCUCUCCGUCCCCUGCCUGGGAUCGCGUCCCUCUCCACUCAGCGGCCGACACUGGUGCCCACGCCGCCGGGUCCACUGGCCAACACCACCGAGCCCAUCCCGGUGCCGCCGGGCCCGCAGCCGGGGCCGCAGCCGACCGGUCAGCCGCCGUUCUUCGGCGACCCGCUGUCGGCGGCGGCCGGCCCGUUCAGCGCCGGUUUCGGCUCGUUCGGCGGACUGUCGGGGAUGCCCGCGGCGCCGUCACCGCUGUCGGCCAGCCUGCCGCCGGAGCUGUCGGCAGGAGGGGGUCCGCUCGGCUUCAGCAGCCUGGCCGGCCUGGUGAGGCGCGUGAAGCGACAGCGCGGGCAGGGCCGACAGCCGCGGGGGCAGGACGGGCCGGACUCAGACGGUGGAGCAGGGGCGAGGAUGGUCAGCGGCCUGCCGAAGGAGGGCCGAACAGAGCUCACCAGCCGACAGAGGGACCCUCCUCUGGGGCGAGCAGCAGCGGAACAGCUUCGUGAGCGUCCCACCGACCGCGCCGAAGGUCCAACAGAGCGCAGAGAACGACAUACGCGCACCAGACAGCACGGGGAGCGUGCUGUGGCCAAGAUGAGCCUCGGCCGGGUGGAGAUCAGACCGAUUUAAUCACAGCUGGUGGCGAUCGGUAGAACGACUCUCUUCUUGCUCCUUAGAGUUCAUAUGCUCUUUAAGAGCUGACAUGCGAGUUGUUAUAGUGAGCUGAACUCAUGACAUUUUUAUAUUAUUGUUGCUUUUUAGUGUAUCAUCGGUGCCCAUGAGUCCGUACCGAUUUAAUAGAUUAUCAGGAUCAAUAGAAAUCUGAUAAUAUGACAUAAAAUUGCUUUAUCCAUUUUCAAACGUUUCGACUUUAUUCAAAGUCAUCUUCAGUGUUAAGAUAGACAAGUACACAAUUACAUGCUGACAUAAAUAUACAAGCAGUCGAUGCAGGGUAUCAGUCGAUGCACAUCACACACUUCACAAAAACAAGACAUAAAACAUCAUUCGUGUUGGUUCGGUCGUCUUCCUACAGAACGAUACUUAGUUUAAACGCAGAUGAUCGGUCAUUGAUGGUCGGUUUCGCUUCAAAUAUGUGUAAAGAUUCUAAAAUUCGUAAAUUGAAGUUUGAGCGUUUUUGAUCAAUGAUUUUGAAAUCGUCUAUACUGAAGGGGGUGUCACAUGCCAAAGAAUGAUCCCGUACAGACGAUGCUACUGGACUGGAUAAGAGUUCGCCCGUUCUGUGUGACCUACCCUUGUGUUGACAAACUCUGCUGUGGAGCCUAACAUAGGUAGAACCUAUGUAAGAUCCUUCACACGAAGGACAACUGAACUUAUAAACUACAGCAGAUCGACACAUUUUAGGGAUAGAGUCCUUGAACUUGAACAGAGAUCCAAUAGUAAAGUUGUUUCUGAGAAUGAAUCGCGGGCUUAGAUAUGGGUAGUACUUUUGUAGGAGAGCGCUUAUUUGAUUUUUGAGCUUAAUUGAGCGUUUUCCGAAAAACGGCAAAGUGAAAAAGCUUUCGAGUUUUCCAACCUGUGGUUGAUUUGUGAUAGUAAUGAACCUUCUGUUAAGAAACUUGGCAAUGGCGGCAUCUACCAACGACCUUGGGUAACCGUUAUCCAAGAAAAAACCUUUCAGGGAUCUUAGCUCUAGAUCGAAGAGCUUGUAGCUCGAGCAUAAACGGUAGGCGCGAUAAAUAAAUGACUGGAUGACUGCCCACUUGAUGGAAAAUGGGACGAAACUAAAGAAGCUCAAUCCUAGUCCGGUAAAGGUAGGCUUGUGGAAAAUGGAAGUCUCAAUAGAAGAGCCAAUACGUUUUAUCUUGACAUCCAAAAAGGGUAGCGUUUGGUUGGACUCUACUUCUUUGGUGAACUUAAUCUUUGGAUGCUGCUCGUUAAGGAAGGAUAAAAACUUUUCUUGUUUUUGUGAAGUGUGUGAUGUGCAUCGACUGAUACCCUGCAUCGACUGCUUGUAUAUUUAUGUCAGCAUGUAAUUGUGUACUUGUCUAUCUUAACACUGAAGAUGACUUUGAAUAAAGUCGAAACGUUUGAAAAUGGAUAAAGCAAUUUUAUGUCAUA